AUGUACCAAUGCCUCCAGCUCCGCGUUAUUCCACAAAAACCUAUUCUAGUCCCUACAACUUCAACCUCAACCUCACAAACGUCCCCCGCUAAUGCUACUAAUCUUUUUACUGCCACCACUGCUCCAGCUACAACUACUUCUAUUACUACUACUGCGGCUAAUGAUAGUUCAAUUGCCUCUAAUGUGGACGUGGUUGGAAAACGACUACGGGAGCAACAACUUCAGGACAGAUUCAAGGCUGCACAGAAUUUUAUUGAGCGGACAGUGGGUCAGGCCUUGCCUUCAAGCGACCUGCACGAGUCACUGAAGGAUGGAGUUAUUCUCUGCCGACUGGCGAAUCGACUACGACCGGGCACUGUCGAACAAAUCAGUCUGAAAAACCUCCCCUUUGUCAAGAUGGAGAAUAUCAGCAACUUUCUGAACGCAGCAAAACAGCUUGGCGUACAGAGUUCAGAUCUGUUUCAGACCGUUGAUCUUUAUGAAGGCAAGGACAUGAAUCAGGUACAAUUAGCGCACGUAUGGACAUUGCAUAGUUUGUGGCAAAUGCUUUCGAGUUCAUGCUUUAACGCAUUAUUUUGGUCCGAUAUAGGUGUAUCAACAAUUUUGACGCUGGAGCGCGUAGUUGGUGGAGUAGCACGGAUAGUAGCCAAAGAGAAGCGUCCUGGACCAAACCCGCUCGUAUCAUCUGGAUCUGCAUCGUCGCAAAUACCAAAAGCAACAGAUAAUGGUGCGCCAUUAACAAGGAUGCGAUAA